CCGAGGCCUCCCGCCCGCCGCCGCCGCCGCUCCCCUCAGGGCCGUGACGCGUUCGCUUCGCGCCGCUGGCAGCGCUCGGCUGAGGGGACCCGGGGCCGGCCGCCGCCAUGGCCGAGUGCUCGGGGCUGCAGUUCGUCAGCCCCUACGCCUUCGAGGCCAUGCAGAAGGUGGACGUGGUGCGUUUGGCCGCCCUGAGCGACCCCGAGCUGCGGCUGCUGCUGCCCUGCCUGGUGCGCAUGGCACUCUGCGCCCCCGCGGACCAGAGCCAGAGCUGGGCGCAGGACAAAAAGCUCAUCCUGCGGCUCCUGUCGGGCGUCGAGGCGGUCAACUCCAUCGUGGCCCUGCUCUCCGUCGACUUUCACGCCUUGGAGCAGGACGCCAGCAAAGAGCAGCAGCUCCGGCACAAGCUAGGAGGAGGCAGUGGAGAAAGCAUCUUGGUGUCGCAGCUGCAGCAUGGCCUGACGCUGGAGUUUGAGCACAGCGAUUCGCCUCGCCGGCUCCGGCUCGUACUUAGCGAAUUACUGGCAAUUAUGAAUAAGGUGUCAGAAUCAAAUGGAGAAUUUUUUCUCAAAUCUUCAGAGCUCUUUGAAAGUCCUGUCUACCUGGAAGAGGCAGCAGAUGUUCUCUGUAUUUUGCAAGCAGAGCUGCCAUCACUGUUGCCCAUAGUUGAUGUAGCUGAAGCUUUGUUGCAUGUUAAAAAUGGAGCCUGGUUCCUCUGCCUCCUGGUGGCCAAUGUUCCUGAUAGCUUUAACGAGGUCUGUAGAGGCUUGAUUAAAAAUGGUGAACGGCAGGAUGAGGAAAGUGUUGGAGGCCGUCGUAGAACAGAAGCGCUCCGUCACCUGUGUAAAAUGAACCCUUCCCAAGCUCUGAGGGUCCGAGGCAUGGUGGUAGAAGAGUGCCAUCUACCAGGUCUUGGUGUAGCUUUGACCCUGGAUCACACCAAAAAUGAAUCUUCAGACGAUGGAGUGAGUGACCUGGUGUGUUUUGUGAGUGGUUUGCUACUUGGAACAAACGCAAAGGUUCGAACUUGGUUUGGAACAUUUAUCCGAAAUGGCCAACAGAGAAAAAGAGAUAAUAUCAGUUCUGUGCUUUGGCAAAUGAGGAGGCAGCUGCUCCUGGAGCUCAUGGGAAUCCUUCCCACUGUUCGCAGCACACACAUUGUUGAAGAAGCAGAUGUUGAUAUGGAGCCAAAUGUGUCUGUGUAUUCGGGACUGAAGGAAGAGCAUGUCGUGAAAGCCAGCGCAUUGUUACGUCUCUAUUGCGCUUUGAUGGGAAUAGCUGGGCUGAAACCAACUGAUGAAGAAGCUGAGCAGCUCCUGCAGCUGAUGACCAGCCGGCCUCCUGCAACUCCAGCUGGUGUUCGCUUUGUUUCUCUUUCCUUUUGUAUGCUUCUGGCCUUCUCCACUCUUGUCAGUACACCAGAACAGGAGCAACUCAUGGUAAUGUGGCUUAGUUGGAUGAUAAAGGAAGAAGCUUACUUUGAAAGCAUUUCUGGUGUGUCUGCUUCCUUUGGAGAGAUGCUUCUCUUGGUAGCCAUGUAUUUCCACAGUAAUCAGCUCAGUGCUAUCAUUGAUUUGGUCUGCUCCACUUUGGGAAUGAAAAUUGUUAUAAAGCCCAGCUCUCUGAGCAGAAUGAAGACAAUCUUCACGCAGGAGAUUUUCACUGAACAGGUUGUCACAGCCCAUGCAGUUCGUGUGCCGGUUACAGGCAAUCUCAGUGCCAACAUUAUUGGUUUUUUACCUAUUCACUGCAUUUACCAGCUUUUAAGAAGCCGGUCAUUCACCAAGCACAAAGUAUCCAUUAAGGACUGGAUCUAUCGGCAGCUCUGUGAAACUACCACUCCACUGCAUCCUCAGCUGCUUCCUCUUAUUGAUGUCUACAUUAACUCUAUUCUUACUCCUGCAUCAAAAUCCAACCCAGAAGCCACAAAUCAGCCUGUCACGGAACAGGAGAUACUGAAUGUUUUCCAGGGACUCACUGGGGGAGAAAAUACUCGUCUUACUCAGCGUUACAGCAUCACAACGCAAUUGCUUGUCCUCUACUAUGUCCUGUCAUAUGAAGAAGCACUUCUGGCAAACACGAAGACACUAGCUGCCAUGCAAAGAAAACCCAAGUCGUACUCUUCAGCGUUAAUGGAUCAGAUUCCAAUCAAGUACCUCAUUCGGCAGGCCCAAGGACUGCAGCAGGAACUGGGAGGCUUGCAUUCUGCACUGUUACGCCUUCUUGCAACUAACUACCCUCACCUCUGCAUCGUGGAAGACUGGAUCUGUGAGGAACAGAUCACAGGCACUGAUGCCUUACUGAGGAGGAUGCUUCUUACAAACAUUGCGAAGAAUCAUUCUCCUAAACAGCUCCAGGAAGCAUUUUCCAUGCUGCCUGGAAAUCAUACCCAGCUGAUGCAGAUUUUAGAACACUUAACACUUCUCUCAGCUGGUGAAUUGAUCCCAUAUGCAGAAGUAUUGACAUCAAAUAUGAAUUGCUUGCUGAAUGCUGGAGUCCCUCGGAGGAUUCUUCAGACCGUCAAUAAACUUUGGAUGGUUCUUAACACUGUGAUGCCGAGAAGGUUGUGGGUUAUGACCGUUAAUGCUCUGCAGCCUUCAGUAAAAAUAGUCCGACAGCAGAAGUACACUCAGAAUGAUCUGAUGAUUGAUCCUUUGAUUGUACUAAGAUGUGAUCAGAGAGUUCAUAGGAGCCCUCCUCUGAUGGAUGUAACUUUGCACAUGUUGAAUGGAUAUCUUCUUGCUUCAAAAGCUUACCUCAAUUCUCACCUAAAAGAAACAGCAGAACAGGACAUUAGGCCGUCCCAAAAUAAUGCAAUGGGUCCAGAAGCCCCAGAAGUUACAAGGGAAGAAUUAAAAAAUGCAUUGCUUGCUGCUCAGGACAGUGCUGCUGUGCAGAUUCUUCUAGAGAUCUGCUUACCGACAGAAGAAGAGAAAACUCAGGGCAGUAAUACAUACAGUUUGCUGAAGAGUGUUCAAAGUACCUCGGGUCCUAAGAGUCCAGAACUAGAGGAAGAAGAAGAUAGCUUGCUCUGCAAUCUUCGAGAGGUCCAGUGUCUGAUCUGCUGUCUGCUGCAUCAGAUGUAUAUAGCCGACCCCAACAUAGUAAAACUAGUUCAUUUCCAGGGUUAUCCGUGCGAACUUCUGGCACUGACAGUGGCGGGGAUUCCAUCAAUGCACAUCUGUCUGGAUUUCAUACCUGAGCUCAUUGCCCAGCCUGAACUUGAAAAACAGAUAUUUGCUAUCCAGUUACUUUCAUAUUUGUGCAUCCAAUACGCACUACCUAAAUCUCUCAGUGUGGCUCGUUUAGCUAUCAAUGUGAUGGGAACCCUGCUCACAGUUCUAACCCAAUCAAAGCGCUAUACCUUUUUUAUGCCAACCCUGCCUUGUUUGGUGUCAUUCUGUCAAGCCUUCCCUCCUUUGUAUGAGGAUAUUAUGUCUCUGCUGAUACAGAUUGGGCAAGUUUGUGCCUCUGAUGUUGCUACGCAGACGAGAGACUUUGACCCAAUUAUUACACGUCUCCAGCAACUAAAAGAGAAACCAAAUGAGGUGUCAGGACUUUGUAAAGAUUCACCUUACAAAAGUUGUUCAAGGGAUUUUGCAAGUAUGGACCCUGAUGUUCAGUUAUGCCAGUGUGUUGAGAGCACUAUCAUUGAAAUAAUUAACAUGAGCGUAAGUGGAGUUUAGGAAGAACGCAAAUGAGAUUAUACUGUAGCUAGUCCCAUGGCCUAUGGUGUCUAAAUUUGGAUAGAGCUGCCAAAGUGGAUUGAGGAGCUGGAGCACGAGAAAUUUUUUCUUUCACUGGAUUCGGUUAUGUCUGAACCUUCUUAAAAGAAAAGAAUACUUCAAGGAGACUUGUUUUGCUUCCAGUGAAAACUUUUGAGGCUAUUGUGGCGGGUAAAUCAUUUCCAGUGAAAGUAAGCGUGAUCUUUCAGGCUUGCUUGGUUGCACACUGUGCAACUCUGUGAUACAGCAAUGCACCCAUAAAAGGUUUCUUGACGCCGUGAAGUGAGUACUUAAUUUGUUGAGCAAACGACAAAAUGAUGGUUAAGAAAAAUUUGAGAUUGGAAAACUUUACUAAAAUUCAAAUAAAAGACUGUCCCACGACCUCGCAGAGCGAAAAAGAUUUAACUUUUUUUUUCCCUUCUCAAACCAUUGGUCAAAAUGUGAAUUCAUGAGACCAAUAACUUUAAAGAUCAGACAGCCUUCAGUGGAAAUUUGAAACUGGUCUCAAAGGAAUAAAGUGGAAAAGGUAUCUUAAGUUGUCGUCAGGAUAAGCUUAAACAGAAAUUAAUGUUGGAGACGACUGUGGCAGAAGCUAAAUUUCCUGUAGUGAAAGGGAUGACAGAUUUCAGCCAUACCAAAGCAGUUCCACACAGCUCAGUGAACAAGAAGGCUGAAGAAUCCUUUGUGCUUACUGCGUGCAGUUGGUUGUUCCUUCAUUUACAACUGCAGCAGUUAGCCUUGACGGAUGUUUUGGGGCAUUGCAGAAGGGUGUUUAUGGUGCAAUGUUCCUGAAGCUUACACAAGCUCUUAUGUGAGGCAGCACAUGCGUCUGCAACAGAGAAAGAAGCUUGUUUGGCUGUUGUGCCAGAAUUGAAUGUUGUACUUCAGCACGCUUGGAUUGCUAAGCUUGGCAGCCCAGAUUUGCUGUUUCUUGAACGACAACAUCCAGGAUCCUUAAUUAAGUAAAAUAUUUUUCAGUUUAAGCCAGUUUACAUUCCAGAAAUAACGGUCUGAUUCUUUAGUGUGACUUGAGAAAGUCUUGCAUACGUCUGCUUCCUGUGAUGGACAGCCAGUGGGAGAUGCUAGCGCUGGAUUGCCGAGCCUGGUUCCCAGCUGUGUGCCAGGCUCAUCGGUGUGCCCCGACUGUGUGCCGGCACCGUCUGGCUGCCAAGGGUGGUUUUGUCAUCGCGGUGUAAUGUAUGUAAAUAAUUUCAACACGUGGUGUUUUUUCCUGUCAUGUAAUUUUAUAUGCUGUAUUUGUAUUUAAACUAAAAAAAAAUAAAAAAAGACGAUUUGAAU